UUCCCUAAUGCUGCGAACGCGCUUAAAUUGUAUAAACCAUCAGUAGUCCUCUAGCACAACGUGAAUAAAAUUAAAAAACGCGGAAACAUGUGUUUGUCUUCAGCGUGUCUUCUAUUGGGGCAGUAGGGAAUACUCGGGGGCGCAUUGCACACAGAGCUGCCCGCUAUCCAUCAUAAACCCUUAUUUUUGAGAACAGUUGUGAAUUGACUGCAAGAAACUCCCCGGGUCCAGUGAUUUCAUAGUAGCCUACCGCGAUUGUGGAUUUUGUGACAUUGGCAUACAAUGACAACUUCCACCCGUACAAAGACAGAUCAUUUGGAUUCCACUGAUCCCCAGGUUCUGGACUAUAUGCUGGUUCCUCACCGGAACUUCAACCUGAUCAAUGGGCUCCACUCUCCCGACGAGGUCGACCAGAUCCAGAACUGGGAGAUCCGAGACUCCGACAUAUUCGUUGUCACUUAUCCCAAGUCAGGGACGAUCUGGAUGCAGCAGAUUCUGACUCUGAUAGAAGCCAAAGGUGACGUCACUCCAAACACAGAGCAUCUCAACGCGCGGCGCGUCCCAUGGAUCGAGCUGAUUGGCAGUGAGAAGAAGUUUAACGCCACCCCUUCCCCCAGGCUACGGGUCACCCACCUCCAGUACAAGUUCAUGCCGCUCGCCGUCAGACAAAAGAGGGGAAAGGUGAUCUAUGUGGCCAGAAACCCUAAGGAUGUUCUCGUGUCCUAUUACCACUUCCACAAAUAUGCAGCCAUGCUGGAGACACCGAAGGACUUCAAUGAUUUCUUUGAGAAAUUCAUGGAAGGGAAAGUUUUUGGGAACUGUUGGUUUGAGCACAUCAAGACGUGGUACGCUAAUAGAGACAACAUGAACUUCCUGUACAUCACAUAUGAAGAGAUGAUCAAGGACCUGCGCUCCAUGGUGGAGAGGAUGUGCAGGUUUCUAGGGAAGGAUUUGACAGAGGAGCAGAUGGCCAGUGUGGUGGAACACAGCACCUUUAGAACCAUGAAACAGAACCCGCAGGCUAACUACAAGACGGUGCCCGACUCUCUGCUUGACCACAACAAGGGCACAUUUAUGAGGAAAGGGACCAUUGGGGACUGGAAGAACCAUUUCACUGUUGCACAGAACGAGAGAUUUGACAGUGCCUUCCAGGAGAAGAUGUGGGACCUGCCCCUCUCCUUUGUGUGGGACAUAAAUGACGUCAAUAGUGCCACGUGAUGACAUCAUAGUCACGUCUUUCAGGGAUUUUUUAAAUCCUUGGGCGGGCCCCCUACGUAUUUUUUGGGGGUCACCUACAGUGGGGCAAAAAAGUAUUUAGUCAGCCACCAAUUGUGCAAGUUCUCUCACUUAAAAAGAUGAGGCCUGUAAUUUUCAUCAUAGGUACACUUCAACAAUGACAGACAAAAUGAGAAGAAAAAAAUCCUGAAAAUCACAUUGUAGGAUUUUUUUGUUAUUUUUUUGCAAAUUAUGGUGGAAAAUAAGAGUUGAGUUGAAAUAAACGAUCCCAGAAAUGUUCCAUAGGCACAAAAAGCUUAUUUCUCUCAAAUUUUGUACACGUGCUUACAUCCCUGUUGGUGAGCAUUUUUCCUUUGUCAAAAUAAUCUAUCCACCGGUCUCAAAUUGAGGGUGUGCAAUUGACAUGCUGACUGCAGGAAUGUCCACCAGAGGUGUUGAAUGGUAAUUUCUCUACCAUAAGCCCCCCCCCCCCCCCCCCCCGUUUUAGAGAAUUUGGUAGUACGUUCAACUGACCUCACUUCAGACCACGUGUAACCAUGCCAGCCCAGGACCUCCACAUCUGGCUUCUUCACCUGUGGGAUGGUCUGAGACCAGCCACCUGGACAGCUGAUAAAACUGUGUUUACACAACCAAAGAAUUUCUGCACAAACUGUCAGAAACCGUAUCAGGGAAGCUCAUCUGUGUGCUCGUUGUCCCAACCAGUGUCUUGGACCUGACUGCAGUUUGGCGUCAUAACCAACUUCAGUGGGCAAAUGCUCACCUUUGAUGGCCACUGGCACACUGGAGAAGUAUGCUCGUCACAAAUUAAUCCCGGUUUCAAAAGUACCGGGCAGACUAUUGCGUUGUGUGGGGUUUGUCAACGUUGUGAACAGAAUGCCCCAUGGCGGGGUUAUGGUAUGGGCAGGCAUAAGCUUCGGCCAACAAACACAAUUACAUUUUUAUCGAUGGCAAUUUUAACGCAGAUACCAUUACGAGAUCCUGAGGCCCAUUGCCAUUCAUCCGCCACCAUCACCUCAUGUUUCAGAAUGGUAAUGCACAGCCCCAUGUUGCAAGGAUGUUCACAAUUCCUGGAAGCUGAAAAUGUCCCAGUUCUUCCAUGGCCUGCAUACUCACCAGACAUGUCACCCAUUGAGCAGGUUUGGGAAGCUCUGGAUCAACGUAUGACAGCGUGUUCCAGUUCCUGCCAAUAUCCAGCAACUUUUCACAGCUAUUGAAAAGGAGUGGGACAACAUUUCAACAGCUUGAUCAACUCUAUGCGAAGGAGCUGUUGCUCUCCAUGAGGUAAAUGGUGAUCAUACCAGAUACUGACUGGUUUUCUGAUCCACGCCGCUACCUUUUCUUUUGAAGGUAUGUGACCAACAGAUGCAUAUCAGUAUUCCCAGUCAUGCAAAUCAAUAGAUUAGGCCCAAUUAAUUUUUCAAUUGACUGAUUUCCUUAUAUGAACUGUAACUCAGUAAAAUAUUUAAAAUUGUUGCAUUUAUAUUUUGGUUCACUGUAGUAGCUAUCAAUCCAAAAUGUAUCUAUAAAACAAUGUACAUUUUCUAUUUGGAGG